AUGCCUCUCCCAGACCCGGAGCCAGACUCGAUAGUGGUUGAGAAGACGGCAGAUGGCGUCACUACCAUCGGAAUCAAUAGACCCGGUAGGAAGAACGCCAUCAAUCCGCCAACCGCCACCAAAUUACGAGCAGCCUUUCUAGACUUUGAAAAGGACUCAAGCCAGAAAAUAUGCGUCUUGCAUGGUAUUGGCGGCACAUUUUGCUCCGGCUUUGAUCUCAGCGAGCUCAGAAAAUGGGACAAACCGACGGAGAGCAAGGAGGACACGGCCUCCAAACACGACAACAGUGGCAGUCACAAUAAUGGUGGCAAUGGCCGCAGCAGCAGCAUCACGCGUACACACUUUAAGCCUGUGAAGGGCAGAAACGAAGCACCGCUAGGGCCGGGACGGAUGCAGAUCGAGAAGCCCGUCAUUUGCGCUAUCUCAGGCCAUGCUGUUGCUGGAGGCAUGGAACUAAGUUUGCUAGCCGACAUCCGGGUGGUCGAAGAGGACGCUAUCUUUGGAAUAUUCAGUCGACGCUUUGGCGUACCCUUGCUGGACGGUGGUACGGUCCGACUUCAGGAAAUCAUUGGCCUCGGCAGAGCACUGGAUAUCCUUCUCACGGGCCGGCCGGUGGGCGCGACUGAGGCCCUGCACAUAGGACUGGCCGCUAAAGUGGUUCGGAAGGGAAGCGCCUUUCACGAAGCCAUGAAGUUGGCUCGUGCUCUGGCAGCAGUGCCCCAGGAGUGUUUGAAUGCGGACCGGAAGGCAUGUUAUCAUGCAGCGUAUAACUCUCCUUCGUUUGAGGACGCGAUGUCCUAUGAGUUCGAGGAAGCCGUCAAGGUCAGCGACCUGGCUAUCAACAAGGCCAUGAAUUUUAAUAAACGGGAGAAAGCAAGGCUGUGA